UCCUCCUCUCUCUCUCUCUCUCUCUCUCUGCAUGGCCUGGCCACCACUCUAAACCCAAAUGGAAAAUGUCCCUCAGAGAACCCACUCCUUUCCUGGUAACCUCCUUCGUAAAAAUGACCAUGAAAAACCAGAAAUCAUGUCGGAGGGCCGCUAUGACUCACCUAAAAACCGCCAUGACUUGGAUUUAGACCAAAUUCCUGCGGUCUCCACCACCCCUGAAACCCCUCACUGUGAGGAUCUCGACAGCUUCACCUCUGAUCUUGAAAGUUUCUUGGCUUCGAUAGCUGGAAAAGAUCAGAAACCGGAGCCACCGGCGUGUGUUGAAAGUUUCAGUGAGAAACUCUCUGGGAAAAUCUUGAAAUGGGAGUCCGGUGAUCGGUUAAAUUGGUUUUCUGGCGAUGAUUCUGGGCAAUUCCUUGAAUCGAUUGAUCUCGUAUGGCGACUUUCUCAGGCUCUCCCUGAGCAUCAGAAACUUGCUGUCGUCCUCCAACAAUCAAUGGCAUUCUUGGAGGAAGAGCUCCGGUCACUUCUUGAAGAUUCUAAUGAUUUGGAGUCUGAUAAUGAUCGUUAUGUCAUUCCUCAUCCACUGGAAAAUGAUUCUCCGGUGAAGUCUGGGAAAGAUUCCAGUGAUGAAAAACAGGAAGAUUCCAGCGAUCAAAAACAUGUUUCUGAUCAGAUUCCGGCUGUUUUUGAUGCAUACUCACCAGAAAAUUUGGCUUUGAUAUCAAGGAUUGCCAGAAUAAUGAUCAAAGCGGGUUAUGAGACUGAGUGUCUACAAGUGUUUAGCAUAGCAAGGCGGAAGCUGUUCGAAGGUAGUCUGGCAAAAUUAGGAUUUGAGCGAAUCAGUAUUGAAGACGUGCAGAAGAUGCAGUGGGAGACACUGGAGACCGAGAUCGGGAAAUGGAUGAAAGCUUUUCGCCGAAUCGUUACCUUCUAUUUCCCAUCAGAGCAGAGGCUCUGUGAAGAGGUGUUUGGGAAAGGUGCAAUGGCUGAUUCUCUAUUCCAAAACUUGGCUAGAGGUGUGGUGAUCCAGCUUCUCAAUUUUGCAGAAGCUGUCGCCAUGAGCAAGCGAUCUGCAGAGAAACUGUUCAAGUUUCUAGAUAUGUAUGAGACUCUCAGGGAUGUGGCUUCUUCGAUAGCCAGUGGCCUCUGUUGGACCGAACUGUGUGUGGAGAUCGAGUCUGCGCGCUCUCGACUGGGAGAUGCAGCAGUUGGCAUUUUUGCAGAGCUCGAGAGUGCAAUUCAUGGUGAUGCUGCACGGACUCCAGUACCUGGAGGUGCAGUGCAUCCGCUCACUCGCUACGUAAUGAACUAUUUGAAGCUCACCUGCGAGUAUAAGGAACCACUGGAACAGGUGUUCUUGGAACACCGAGUAACUGCUGCAUCCCCUAAAAAAGAGCAGAAGAAUUCACCGGAAAUGUCGCCUCUGGGUUUGCAGCUUGCAGGGAUUAUGGACCUCCUCGAUAAGAACCUCGAGGCCAAGUCCAAGCUCUACAAGGACUUGUCUCUGAGCUAUGUCUUCCUCAUGAACAAUGGCCGUUACAUAGUCCAGAAGAUCAAAGACUCAGAGAUUUACGCCCUUCUCGGCGACGUCUGGUGCAGGAAGAGGAGCUCCGAGCUUCGCCAUUACCACAAGAGCUACCAGAGAGAGACGUGGACAAAGGUCCUCGCCUGCUUGAAAGACGAGGGUCUUCAUGCUAAGGGCAACUUCUCUUCAGGGGUUUCAAAGGCUGCUUUAAAAGAGAGAUUCAAGCAAUUUAACACACAGUUUGAAGAGAUUCACAAGACACAGUCUUCAUGGAUUGUGAGCGAUGAACAGUUGCAGAGUGAGCUCAGAAUUGCUGUUUCUUCUGUUGUGAUUCCUGCUUAUAGAUCCUUUUUGGGGAGAUUCAGUCAAUAUUUAGAUGGAGGAAGGCAAGCUGAUAAGUAUAUCAAGUAUGGGCCUGAAGAGCUUGAAGCUUGCAUAGAUGACUUAUUUGAGGGGACCCCUCCUUCAAUGAUAAAGAGGAAAGGUUGAAUUGAGUGCAUGCAUUUUUUAGGGCAAAGAUUGUUGGUUGGUAUUUUGUUGAUUUUUGCAUGGUCAGGGCAAAGGUCCUUUGUGUUUACUUGUUAACUCUGUAUUAUUUGUGGAGGGCUAUUGAGACUGGCCUAGUUUAGGUCGGAAUUUU